AUCAGGAGAAGACGGCGCAAUGAUUCGUUGAGUGUAGGGAUGUGUGCGCGCCCUUCGCGCUUCAUGCAGGGCGACCCGUGGAUUAGUUAUGUCCUUGAUUUGUCAUUCCAUCUCGCAACCCAAGGCCUCAAGGAUUCCGGAAUGAACUCUCAACUUACCGGUCCCAGCGAGAGGAAUCGAGCAAGAUAAAUGAGAAACAAGAAUGUCCUGAGCUCGCAUGACAUUUCUGCGCAGGAGCUUACUUGUGCUCUUUCUUGCAAGCCAGGUCACUCUCCACACCCGCCAACUGCAGUUCCCCAACUGGAGCUCUCUGCAGCCUGUCGGCCCACUACUUGACUUCGACAGCAUCCCAGCCAUGGCUACGCUGCUCGAAGACUCCAACGGCUACCACCCCGGCGAGCUGGCCGUCCACCGACUGCUGAAAGUGCCCACGUCGGCUCGCCGCAAUCCAACCGCCCCUGGCCUACCCCCACACUACGCCCACCGCGUGAUCGUAUCCCCUCUCCUGGCCGUUGGCACAGUUGACGAACAGGGCCGCCCAUGGACCUCCAUCUGGGGCGGCGAGCGCGGCUUCGCCCGCCCCGUGGCCCGGGACAUCCUGGGCGUGCAGAGUCUCGUGGACAAGAAGAACGACCCGGUAGUUGAAGCCUUUCUGGGCCGAGCGGCGGACGGAGAGGUGCUCCAGCCUGAAGGCGGCAUCGUCAUGAGCGCCCUGAGCAUCGAUCUCGAGAACCGAGACCGUGUCAAGCUGGCUGGCCGGAUGGCCGUCGGUACUGUUGCUGAGCAGCCGGGCAAUACGGCGCUCGGCGAGGCACAGCUUGCCAUGCACAUCCAGGAGAGUCUGGGCAACUGCCCAAAGUAUCUCAACAAGAAAACUAUCCGCGCCCACUUACCCUCGCCUCGGCUGGUUUCGUCCUCGCUCCCCCUGCCGCCCGAAGCCCUGGCGCUGAUUGAGAAGGCGGACAUGUUCUUCCUCUCGUCCACCAACGGCCAAACGAUGGACACAAACCACCGCGGUGGUCCCGCCGGCUUCGUCCGCGUCCUCAAUAACUCGUUCCCGGAGGACGGAACUGGCGACGGUGUGGUCCUGGUUUUCCCGGAGUAUUCCGGAAACCGGCUCUACCAGACGCUCGGCAACCUGCACACCAACCCCCGUCUCGGCGUCGUCAUCCCGGACUUCGAAACCUCCGACGUCUUGUACCUCACCGGUGAGACCGAGCUACUAAUCGGCCCGUCCGCCGCAACCAUCAUGCCGCACGCCAACCUCGCCGUCAAGCUCACCGUGCACGCCGCCCGCUUUGUCAAGGACGGCCUCCCCUUCCGCGGCACGCCGGGCGAACCAAGCCCGUACAACCCGCCCGUCCGCCGCCUGGCCAGCGAGUCUCCCGCCUCCCUCAGCCAACCCCUCCCGCCGCCCUCCGCUCCCCUCGCAACGGCCGUCCUCGUCGGGAGAGAACCCAUCACCCCGACCAUCGCGCGCUUCACCUUCCGCCUGCAGCCACCCGGAAGCAAGAACAACAAUAGCAGCAGCAGCAGCGCGCCGCUCGGAACGUGGCUCCCAGGCCAGCACAUCACGCUCUCCUUCGCGCACGAGCUCGCGCUCGGGUGGAGCCACAUGCGCGACGCGGACCCGCAGAGCCUGAACGACGACUUCAUCCGCACCUUCACCAUCUCCAGCCCGCCGCCGCCGCCGCCGCCGCCCCUCGACACAGCCACCACCAGCCUCAGCCCCAGCACUGACCGAAACAACCUGCAAAUCGAACUCACCCUCCGCAGACACGGCCCGGCAACCAACCUCCUCUUCACCCACCCCGUGCCAUCACACCACCAUACUUCGUCUACCGCCCCGUCGCUGGAGGUGCCCGUGCUGGCCGUCGGCGGGGAGGAGGCCUUCCGCAUUGAGCUGGGCGGUGACGACGGCGGUGGCGACUACGAGGGCGAAUCUCCUGCAGCAGCAGCCGCAACAGCAGCUUCUGACGAAGAGGGAGACAUCAAGAAGAACAAGGAGGAGAGUAAGAAGAAGAAGAAGGCGGUGUUUGUGGCGGGCGGGAUCGGGAUCACGCCGCUUCUGGCGCAGGCGCCGGGAUUGUUGGCAGAGCGGCACCCGCGGCCCAUGGAGGUGCUGUGGAGUCUGAGGUGGGAGGAUGUGGCGCUGGCGGUGGAUGCUUUUGAGCGGGUGGGCGGGCUGGCGGGGGUGACGAGGGUGUUUGUUACCGGGCUGGAUUUGCCAGAUGCAAUGCGUGGUGGCGGUGAUGGUGGCGGUAAUGGCGAUGAGAAUGGGAAGGGGUCGGUUGAGAGGUUGAGGGAGCUGGGCGCGAGAGUGGAGGUCAGGAGGAUGACGAGGGAGGAUGUGCUUGCGGCGAGGGACCCGGAGGGCGGGACGAAGUAUUUUGCUUGUGCCAGCCCGCGGAUGCUGCGGUCGGUGAUGGGUUGGCUUGCGGAUGAGGACGUCGUGUCUGAGAGUUUUGAGUAUUGAUGCCCUGGGCGUUCAGGGGGUCAGGGGUUGUUUUUGUGUGCAUGGGCGGAUUGGGUGGUGGUCGCAGCAACCAGGCAGAGUAACCAUGCACUGUUUUGGACACUGUACGGAGCAGUUGGAUGGAUGAAACAAAUUGUUGGUCUUGGUAGGGCCCCAG